AAUUAUAUUAAAUUAUAUCCCUUCCCUUGCGAAAGCAAAGGGUGUGUGUUUGAGUUCUUCUCGGUGCGUGUGGAAGACAAUGGCUUCAAUGGUCUCUCUCUCAAACGCAAUCGGAUUAUGUCAUACCAAAAAUACCCUUUCUCUCCGUAAACUAAACUCCAAUUCAAAUAUAGUUGACACAAAGAUAUUUUCUGGUCGUCGUCGCGGUUGUAAAAAAGUUGGAGAUGAACGAAGAUGUUUUCGAUUAUAUGGCCUAUUUGGAGGGAAAAAAGAUGAGAAAAGUGAUGAUGCACCUUCUAAGGCAGGAGUUCUUGGAAACAUGCAAAACCUGUUUGAGACUGUGAAGAAGGCACAAAUGGUUGUCCAAGUUGAAGCAGUGAGGGUGCAGAAAGAACUUGCAGCGGCUGAGUUUGAUGGUUAUUGUGAGGGUGAGUUAGUAAAGGUAACUCUGUCUGGCAACCAGCAACCUUUGCGAACAGAAAUUACUGAGGCAGCUAUGGAAUUGGGAUCAGAAAAACUUUCGCUUUUAAUCACCGAAGCUUACAAGGAAGCACACCAGAGAAGUGUCCAGGCUAUGAAGGAAAGGAUGAAUGAUCUUGCACAGAGCUUAGGAAUGCCACCUGGGCUUGGUGAAGGAUUAAAGUGAUGAUAUUUUUAACAGAGAUUGCGACAUGACGCGGGCCUCAAUAUUGCAUGCACAAUAUAUCUGAUGGAUAGGCUUACAUUCUUCAUUUAUUUUUUAUAUUGAUAUUUUAGCCAGGAGUUAUUUGAAAUGGUGAAGGAGGAUCUUCUUUACCUACCUGUUAUUCUAGUUUUUGUGUUUUGAUUGGAGGAAUGUGAUGAAAUGGAAGAGAAUAGAGUGAAAUGUGAUGAGGUUUUAUUGUUUGGUAGGAUUGCUCAAGAAUACCUUUUUGUAUAGGGUUUCAAGACUUCCCUUGAUGAAGGAUUAGGGAUCCAGUUUAUAUGGUAGAAGAAAAUUAUAUAGGUUGAUAUUUAAUAUAUUUUUAUCAAUAAUGAUUAAGAUACAUUUUUAUA